AUGGACGUGAGAUUUCCAACUGUACAAAAGUUGAGCUGUGAAGCAGAAACACAAUACAAUGAGUUAGUCAAUUAUGGUAUAGGAGAUCAUGCUGUAUAUGAUGGCAAAUUAUAUCAAGUGAUAAGUGGUGUUCAUUGCAAUAAACAAUUGCAAACGUGUCAAUCUCUAAAUCCUCACCUUGCUUAUCAUGGAUGGAAAGUCAUCGGAACGUGUGAUAAGAGUAUCAUAUCAACUACUCGAUCAAAACGAGACUUGUUCUCGGCCGCUGUUGAAACAACAAAUAGCAAAGCGAUCAGAAAACAGAAAGAACAAUUGAUCUUUAACAUUACUAACAAAACAGUAGCUCAGAAGAAUUUCAUUACGAAUUCAUCACGAAUUUUCCGAAAAAAAAGAAUUGCACCUUUGCUUUCUGCCGUUGUACCGUUGAUUGCUUCAGGUUUCGGUGCUUUAAAAAGUAUUUUCGAUAGUGGUAUAGGCUUGACAAAUACUAUUUUGCAUCACCGUCUAGCUCAUUCGAUUGAAAAGAUACGAACUGUGGUCAAUACGCAUCAAGGUAUAUUGAAACAGCAUUCAUCGUUACUUUUGAAACUUCAGGAUGAACAGUUAGUGAUCAGCACAGCGUUGAAUGAUUUUGAUAUAAAUAUCAAAAUAUUAAGAGACGGACUGUUUGGAGCUUUUGAAAAAUUAUACCGUAUUGGUAAAACCUUAUCAAGGCACAGUCGUCAAAUGAUUCGUGAUAAAAUGGAAAAUAGUUUUGUGAAAAUAAAAUUGUCUUUUGAACGUAUUGAGAAGGGAGAUUUAAAUUUGGACUAUAUAGAUAUUUAUAUUAUACUACCUUUAACGUUUGUGUUGAGUAAAGGUUGA